CUUUUUAGCAGCGCGGGAGCAAACACAGCUACUGUUGGCCCCUGGCAUCCGAGGCAGGUCUGCCAGAGAUGGGUGGGUCCUCAGGAGGAGGAGGAGGAGGAGGAGGAGGAGGCUGCUCUGUGUUAAGUCAGCAUUUCCCAGUGACCUUUUGAGCCCAGUUCCAAGCUCCCAGUCCUCCCUAGGGAAGGACAGGCUGUUCUUCCUCCUGGGGAAUCUGCGGAAGGGACCUUCCACCAGUGAGCAUGAAGCUUUUGGGCACCUCCUGCGUCUUCCUUCUCGGGGUUAUGAUGCUCCCCAAAGCAGGAGCCCAAGCCUCCUGCUCGAGUAGUUGUGGGGGCUUCCUAGCUGCCUGCUCGUGUCACGCAACCUGUGAGAACCUGGGAAGUUGCUGCCCCGAUUAUUGGAACUUCUGUGUGAAGAUCUCACCCUCCUCUGGCACCCUGCUUGGCGGGAAAGAUUUCGCUCUCCUAAAUGUGACUUUUGAGACAGGCGUCCCCGUGACGUGCAGGUUUGCCAGGACCACCGAGACCCAGGGAUACGUCGGGCAGGAUGGCCGGCUGCACUGCAUCUCCCCUUUGCUCUAUGAAAUCGGCCUGGUCAGCCUGGAAGUUUCUCUGGACAGUGGGAAGACAUUUCCUUGGUCGGCAUCUUGGAGUUCAGUUCAUCACAACAAGGUUCCCCCUUCAGAGAAAAGCACACUGGUGAAUGAAACCCAGUGGCAAUACUACGGCACUCCGGGGACGGGGGGACCCCUGACCGUCACCUGGAACCCUGACGUGCUGCGAUCCAGCCAUGUUCAUCUAGAGGUUUGGGGGUACAACGAGACAGGCAAGCCUUAUUCUGACAACUGGACAGCUGAGUGGAAGUACCUCUACUCUCUGGAGCGGAACUACCCAAAUACAGGACGCUUCAGGUUCCUGCCUGCUCCCUCUGCUCAGUACGGGAGCUGGGAAAUGGGUGCGCUGAGGAUUUCUGCCAACGCCUCUUCUGAAGGCCAGCAAAACGUGGCUGCCAUCUGGAGCACAGAGCAUGCCAUGGCCUGGCACCUGGAGGAGGCAUUCCGGAAGGACUCCACUGCCUGGGCUGCAGCCAAGUGCCAGCAGUGGGACAGGAAGGAGGUGGAUCUGCCCGGGUUCCUGGAGGAGAUAUCUGACUGUCCCUGCACUUUGGCCCAAGCCCGAGCUGACUCCGGCCGCUUUCACACGGAUUAUGGGUGCGACAUAGAGAAAGGCAGCAUCUGCACCUAUCACCCCGGGGCGGUUCACUGUGUCAGGAGCGUUCAGGCCAGCCCCCGAUAUGGCGCGGGGCAGCAGUGCUGCUACAGCGAUUCGGGCGCCCAGGUGCUGACAGGGGACUCCAUGGGGGGCAGCACCCCGGACCGAGGCCACGACUGGGGAGCCCCUCCCUACAAGAAGCCCCCCCGCAUCCCAGGCUUCUCCCACUGGUUGUACGAUGUCCUCAGCUUCUACUAUUGCUGCCUCUGGUCCAACCACUGCACCGUUUAUUUCAAGCACCGGCCCUCCAGUGGCUGCCAGAGAUACCGGCCGCCCCGAGCUGCUUCGGCUUUUGGAGACCCCCACUUCAUCACUUUCGAUGGCCUGAAUUUCACCUUCAAGGGCCUUGGUGAAUAUUUAGUGUUGGGAUCCAAACGGACCUCCCUGAGCGUCCAAGGGAGAACUCGUCGGGCUCAGCUGCUGAAUGGAGAGCCAGGAGCCGAAGCCAACGUGACCGGCCUGUCAGCGAUCGCCAUGCGGGAAAAGAACUCGGACGUGAUAGAGGUUCGCAUUCGAGAAAACUCCCCCGAGUUGGAGGUCCUGCUGAACCAAAAGGCCCUCAAUUUUUCGGAACAAACCUGGAUGGACUUAAAUGGCCUCUUCCUCUAUUGCAGCCCUGGGCAGAACGUGACAGUGAUGUUCUCUUCCGGAGCCGGCGUGGAAGUCGGUAGCCACGGAGGGAAAGUGCUGAGCCUGACCAUUCUGCUGCCAGAGACCUUCCAGAACCAGACGGAAGGGCUCUUUGGGCUAAUGAAUGGCAGACCGCAGGAUGACCUGAUCCUUCCCAAUGGAACGGCCCUGGAUGUGGCCAGCAGCGGCCCCUGGGAGCUCUUCACCUUCGGAGCAGACUGGGCAAUUAGAAACGAAACGUCCCUUUUCACCUAUGACACCCAAUCCCUCCUGGACAACUUCGUCUAUGGACCAAAGCACCACUCGUCUUUCGUGCCCCUCUUUUCUCCUCCCCAAGACGCCAACGAGACCCUCACGCAGCAGGUGGUUUCCGUCUGCCAAGCCGAUCCCUUCUGCUGGUUCGACGUCCUGACAACCGGAGACUUUGCUGUGGGAAACAUCACUCGGUCAUCCCACCAGCGCUUCAGGAAACUCCAGGAGAGCUUAAAACCGGUGGUUUCAUGCGGCUGGCUGGCUCCCCCCUCCAAUGGGGAGAAGGAAGGGACCAAAUACCUAGCAGGAUCUAUGCUCCAUUUCCGCUGCCAUCCCGGUUACAGCCUGGUGGGCUCAGUAACCAGGAGAUGCCAGGAGGAUGGGACCUGGUCGGGACGACCCACCAGCUGUCUCCCCAAUGCAGGAACCAGCCUGCCCCACUCAGUGCUUGCGAUCCUGAAGGCUGCCUUCGUCUUCUGGAUAAUCUGGUGACCUGGAUAUGGGGAAGAUGCUGGAAGAAGACCCUCUCACAGCUCCCCUCUCUUCAUGAAGGCAAUCAAAAGAACCCCUGCUUUGGAUGACCACCUCCAGCCCACCAGCAGUGAAAUGUCAGGCCCCAUGACCGGCGGAUGAGCCAGCCUCCAAUUCACUCUGGGUCCAGGCAAAGGGGCUGCACAUCUAGCCGGCCCUUGGGUGGGAGGGGAGGUGAAACCGUUUCAUCAUCAACCAAACACACAGAUCACUCUGAGGCCAGGGGCUGCUCCGCAAAAAGACGGCACUGGGAGGCCGAGCGGAAGGGUGCAGGCGGGCAGCCAGGCCGAGCUGCCCGGCAGCAGCAGCAGCAGCCCUUCGGCUGGUGCCUAAUGGGGUCUCCUCAAGAGGCAGGGGCAGCCCCAGACCUGCCCCUCCUUGCUUGGGGAGGGAAGGGACUCCCGGAAUGACAGGAUCCCAGCUUUCUCCUAUUUCAGAGUCCCGUGCCAGGAGAUUCCUUAGAUAAGGGCCCCCUCAAACCCCGGUCCGUGGACUGGCACCUGCCCACAGCAUGCCAGAAACUGGGCAGCGCAAACAAGGGAUGCUCCAUCCAUAGGAUGCAGGCAGCACAUGAAACCAGGCCCCCUCCAGUCCGUGGGAAAAACCUCUCUCCACAGAACCAGUCCCUGGUGCCCAAAAGGUUGGAGGGCACUGCCCUAGAUGGCUGGUUUCACACGAGCCUCAUAACCGGGUCAGGAAUCUGAGAUCUGAAGCUAGUCACUGGUGGGAUCAUGGCAGCCAUUUCUUCCUUGGCAGUUGAAAUGAAUGCCCUGACCCCAUCCAGGGUGGAGCAGUCACCCCAACUCAAGUCUUCUGGUGCAGAGCCUCCAGUGGUUCAGGGCUUCCCGUCUGCAGCCCACCACCCCGAAUUAGGCCUGAAUUAUUUGGCAGGGGCUUCCCCUGUCCUCUUCACCUGGAGAGCCAACCCUCCGUGGCUUUUCUCGUCUGUAAAAGGGAGCACUUCCCCUUUCAGGGGCCAUUUCAGAAAAAGAGGCAGGGUGGCUUUGAGGACCCUUACCCAAUAGCCUCUCCCCCCUCCCCGCCCCUGCGGAUGUCCCAGAGGUGGAAGACCAAGGGCACAGCCAGGCAGCCUCUCCCAACUUCUGCCCCACUUCCUGCUGGGAUAUCUGGCACUUUCUGGAAAAGAGGGUUAAGAAUCAGACCCUCCCCAAAGAAGAGUGUUUCCCCACCCCCCACCCCAGGGACAACCAUACGCUUCCAAGACCGCCAGGAGAAAGACGCAGCUGAUGGGUUUAAGCGCCUUGAGCAAACGGGACCGCUCUUCCCUGCCCUCCGGCCAAGGCAGAGACCCUCCCAAAUGCAGCCCUCUGGAUUCUUCCUGCUUUUAUCAUUUCUCUCCAGGCUGGCUCUCUCGGCCGGGUGUGGGGACCAGGGGUGAAAUGCUAUCGGUUCACGCCAGUUCAGGUGAACCGGUAGUAAUAAAAGCUACCAGUUGCGUGAACUGGUAGUAAAAAAAAGCUACCGGUUCAUCCGAACCAGUAUUUCCGACAAUCAGCUGUGCCGCAUGAUUUAGAUUUGCUACAAAGGAGGAAAUCCUGCUUUCUAGCUAAUCUAAAUCAUGCGGCACAGCUAUUUCUCCCCACCCCCCACCCCCGGCUGUUCUUCUUAACUUCAAACAGCUCCUUUUUCCGCACAAAGCACAUCUUUGGUGCGUACUGUGCAUGUGGAUACAGCGGGCGUUUGGCAUGCACAGCGUGCGUUUGACACGCAGCACACAUGCAUGGGCAGCGAACCAGUGGCAACCAGUGGAGAUUUCACCACUAGUAUAGACCCACCAGUCCAAUAAAGUGGCUCUUUGAUGAAAAAGA